CGGGGCUUCCUUCGGCACCUACUAGUUUCACAAUCCCUCGAGACACGACUGUCAUGUUUGAGUCUUGAGUGAACGCAUCAUUUUAUUACACUAACCACCCACAGCAACAGCACAUACUGCCGCGAUGGAUUCUCCAUCGAGCGCGACGCCGAGCCCGACAAAGGCCCUCAAUCCCCUGUCACCAGACCGGAUGAACCAGCAGAUCGGACUUGGCUCACCCUCAAUGUCAUCGGAUAUUUUCAACAUUCAGCGGAAGACUCCCCGAGGACUCACCGAUGUACAGGCCAAGGUCGCGUAUCUGAACAACUUGUCGCGAGGAAACAGCCCCGCGCAGGGUUCACAGCCUUCAGCAGCAUCUACGGCAGCUCUCCAGCGGGCUAUCCUUGGGCGCGAAGAGGCUGAGUCGGCGUUGGCCAAUGUUUCCGCUCAGCUUUCUGAAGCCCAGUCGCGGGAGCGCCGGAUAAGUGAAAGACUGGAGUCCCUGCUGGAAGAACUGCAAACAACAAAAGAACGCCAGGCCCACGAGCGAUCAAUUUUCGAAAAAGAAAUUAGGAAGGCGAGGAAGGAAGCUUUUCGAGCUGGCUCCGUUCUGGUGAAAACACAGGAGGAGCUGAAAAACGCAAGAAACGAAGCAAAAGGAUACAAAGACGAGGCCCAGGCAGAGCGAGCAGCCAAAGAACAAGCGAAACAGGAGGCUUUCGAACGUGCUUAUGCUAUUGCUGGCCUCACGGAGGAGAUGGAGGUCCUUAAAGAACAGCUACGGGCCGCCGAGGCCAACAACCACUCGCAGAAGCUCGAAGCGCAAGCGCAGCAGAAGAAGAACGAUAUUGGACGAAUGUCGCUGACUGAAGGCGAUCUCAAUCUCUUGUUGACACCUACCCCUCGGAGACCCAAACGAUCUGCUGAGGAAAUAGCCAACCCGCCUCAAGCCAAUGUCGCUGAAUCUUCACCGGUCAAGGAUACACCUCCCAAGAGGCAAAGGAUGUCAGACGUAACUCCUAGAAAGGAGGCCGCGGAGAUCACGACACUCGAUGUACAUGAGGAACAAAUCGCUGAGUUGGAGGAGUCCCUCAGGCGCGAGCGUCAACUCAGAGUCGACGCCGAGGGAAUGCUCGAAUUCUUGCGCCUGGAGUGCCAUUUUAAACGUUGCACUUGCCGCUUGGCAGAGCAGAAAAGCGUUCCUCAUACCCAUGAACCGCAAAGCGUGGAUACGACGAAAAAGGAUGAGCUGGAACACCCAAAACAUCACAAAGAUGACCAGAACGCACUUGCUGCACCAGAGGAGCCAAGUCCGUCUCAUACUCCUAAAGGCGAGCCUAGAUAUGUGACAAGUGUCAAGGAACAAAUACUGAUGGAGGAUCCUGCCGGAGAAGAAGCAGCCGAGCGCGAGGUGGCCGGGGAUGACGUCGAUGAAGAUGUGGAUGAAAUCGUUGAAGAGGUCGAGGAGAUCCAGGAUGUUGACGAUGACGAUGACGAUGAGCCUCCGGAGGAACCUUUGAUAACAUUCUCACCUGCCACUGGAACCUUCCACACCUUCCCUUCUCCCGUACGAGGAUCUCCCCGAAAGGCCAACGAGGCUAUUGCAAACGAUCAUCAGUCACCAGCAGCCUACGCUGAACACGGAAUAGACGCCCGUGUGAUGUCUGGUAGCCCUGCCCUGAAGUAUGGGUCUCUUCAGCGCCAGGCUCCGUUUGAUUCUAUAACGGAUCGUGAAGCUACCCCGAAAGGCCACCCCUCGCCAGCGGUUGUUGAUGUGCCAUGGGAUCCUGUGAUGCCCAUUGGACAUGAAGCCGGCACCCCUGAGAGGCACAAUGACCCCACGAAGGUUCCUCUGCGCGAUGAUGGGGGAUCAAAUCGCUUUUCCGACGUGCCUGGGACCCCCAUCAGCCGAGAAGAAGCACUGGCUCAGAUUAGAGCGCGGAGAGAGAGAGCAAACACCAUGAAGAGGUCUGUCAGUGCCAGUGAAAGCGGGCUUCGCUCGGGAGGCAUGGGAGUUACUCCUGUCCGGAGCGCUCGACGGUACCCUGGCGUCCAGAAUCCAGAUGCAAGCGACGGUUCCAUCAGAAGUCGGAGGGAUAUGAGCGCUCCUAUCCAAAUGUCCCACUACUGAAACCGCCGUCCCAUCACUGGCUGAACAUGACAGCCAGGAUCAGUGCGCUUGACUCAACGAUCCAAAAUCAUCUCUCAUUCCUCAUAUUCUUGGUUAACGACUCAACUCUCUCUUGAUACCCUGGUCCUCCGAGCGAAAUGGCGUUUUUCUCUUUUUGGAUGUUGAUUUUUGUUGGGCAUAAACGGUGCUCUCUUGUAUUCAUUUUUGUUAUGCCUGUUGCGAAAAGCUACGACCAUUACUUAUUUCCCUCUUGCAUAUAUCAAGAGGUUAAUUUCGUCCCACUUGAGUGCUUUGUUAUUUUGGUCCAUUCUAUCAUCUUCCCAACCCCAUGGCAAAUGAGCAUCGCUUAUCAGCCUUGACAUUCUCUUAGAUCAUUCUCUACUCUCCUUUGUCUAGUGAUUUUUUUUAUUCUCUUUGCUUGGUGAACCCACCCUUUUUUGUAUAUAGGUUGAUUUCUACGAUGCUGUUUGGAUG